CUUUUCUCUUUGAACUUGUUUCUUGUUUUGCAUGCAAUAUACUGGACUUGUUUUGCAUUGAUGUGCUCUACUCGGCAUAGAAUCUAGAGCCCAAAUUUUGACAUUUUCGGAUAUUGGAUUUAAGCCCAUUACAUGAAUUUAUAAAUGUAUAUGAAAAGAAAUAACAAUACUAAAGGUUUCAGAAGGUUGAAGGUUUUCGACUUUUGUUCAAAAAGUAAAAGCCAAAGUGUAAAAAGAAAGAGAUCUGUUCCGCUUUGGAGAGCUUCCAGUCAUUACUAGACUUCCACCAUAAGUCAAUAAUUGCAUCUGACUUGAAUCAAAAUAAACCAAUAAAGUAUCAUUUUCUUUUAACAAAGUCACUAUUCGAAACGCAUAACAAUUUCAAUAAUUUAGACGGAAACUUGGAUAUUCGCUUGAAUAAUUCUACAAAACAAAUAAUACACAGGACCUACUUUUAAGUCCGUAUCACCCCACCAAUACAGUUGAAUGGGGGUACAUAUAUUCGUUUUAUUAUAGCCUCAAGUAUUAUUUUAGAUGGUAGCUUGAAGGUAAAAAGAUAAGAAAAAAAUAGCAGAAACGAACAAAAACACGUGAACACACGACUUUUGGCUUCUGUGUGUUACUAAAAUGCGUUAGGAUAUACUGUUUACACUAAAUUUUACAAAGGCUCUGUCCUCAAUAAUACAAUAAAAGCAUCAACCUACUCAGGUGAGUUUCUAUGGAAACAAUUCGUAUUUGUUAUGCCUCCUCCAACUUCCAAGGUUCAAAAUAUGGUGUUGCAAACUAUCUCUAUUUGUUAACUGUUGAUAAAAUAAAUAUUUGUUUUUUAAUCAAAGGAAGAUUAAUGUGUUCAAUACAUUUUACAUCUAUCAAAUCCAUUUUUCUAGUCAACAUUUCACAAAUCACAAUGCCUUAUCCUUAUUCUGAUUAAUCAUAGUUAAGCUGUUCUAAGAACACGAGCGAUUUGAACACGUGUUGAACAAGCAUGGGACCCACAUGACAUCUACCGUUCAGAUGACGUGAACAAUCAAUCCUUAACUUUAUAGGUUUUGUAGUUUGUAGUUGGAAUCAUUUAAACUUUAGUUCCAAAGAUGUAAUCAAAAUAUCAUUGAACUUGAAGAUAAUAAUAACAAUCGACAAAUAUACAUUCAAAAUCCCGUGAACGAAACAAACAUAUGAAUCUGUCACCUGAAACAUAACUAGAUUUUAUGUUCAUUCAUAUCUUUUCAUCGGACGACGAUAGCGCUAUGUGAGGAAAAAUAAAUUCGAUCUUUAAUUCUUCCAAAAGCAUAGAGGUAAUUGUCGUAAUAAAGAAAGCAAAAAGACAUUGCCUCCAGCUCACAGACACUAGCCAGUGUCGAGACACAACUUCUUCUGCUUUGCUCUGUACACACUCCACAAAAGUCUUCACCUCUCUUUCUCCGCUUCCUCCCAAACAUCAAAUAGCAAUGUGGUACCCCUCUUACCUUAUUCUUCUUCCUCCACUCACUAAGCCAUAUCUAGAAGACUAGAACCAACACUUAGUCUGAAAAACUCCGUCAAUGGCUCUCUUCUUCUUCUUCCUCUUCCUCUUGAUUCUCUCUUCUGCUUCCUCUAUGAACGACCAAAACUCUUUGACUUACAUCGUCCACGUCGACCACGAAGCUAAACCCUCAAUCUUCCCCACUCACCGUCACUGGUACACCUCCUCUCUCGCCUCACUCACUUCCACUCCUUCAAUCAUCCACACAUACGACACCGUUUUCCACGGCUUCUCCGCUAGACUCACCGCUCAAGACGCUACUCACCUCUUAACCCAUCCUCACGUCAUCUCCGUUAUCCCCGAGCAAGUCCGUCACGUGCACACCACUCGCUCCCCUGAGUUCCUCGGUCUCAGGUCCACCGACAAAGCGGGUCUCCUCGAAGAGUCCGACUUUGGGUCGGAUCUCGUCAUCGGAGUUAUCGACACGGGCAUCUGGCCCGAGAGGCCCAGCUUCGACGACCGUGGUCUCGGCCCCGUUCCCGCCAAAUGGAAAGGCCAAUGCGUACCCUCGCAGGACUUCCCGGCGACGGCGUGUAACCGGAAACUCGUCGGAGCGAGAUUCUUCUGCGGCGGGUACGAAGCGACCAACGGGAAAAUGAACGAAACGACGGAGUUUCGCUCUCCGCGCGACUCCGACGGCCACGGGACCCACACGGCUUCUAUCUCCGCCGGGCGUUACGUUUUUCCGGCGUCGAUUCUCGGAUACGCCCGCGGCGUCGCCUCCGGGAUGGCUCCGAAAGCUAGGCUCGCCGCGUACAAAGUCUGCUGGAACUCCGGUUGCUACGACUCCGACAUCUUAGCCGCGUUCGACACGGCGGUCGCCGACGGCGUCGACGUCGUCUCUCUCUCCGUCGGCGGCGUGGUGGUUCCGUACCACCUCGACGCCAUCGCGAUCGGAGCCUUCGGAGCGAUCGACAGAGGGGUAUUCGUCUCCGCCUCCGCCGGAAACGGCGGUCCCGGCGCUUUGACGGUGACUAACGUCGCGCCGUGGAUGACGACGGUCGGCGCCGGAACCAUCGACCGCGACUUCCCGGCGAACGUGAAGCUCGGAAACGGGAAAACGGUUCCGGGCGUUAGCGUUUACGGUGGGCCGGAUCUUGAACCGGGUCGGAUGUACCCGCUUGUGUACGGGGGAAGUUUGCUCGGAGGUGACGGUUACUCUUCGUCUCUGUGUAUAGAAGGCUCGUUGGAUCCGAGUUUGGUUAAAGGCAAGAUCGUUCUCUGCGACAGAGGUAUCAACUCGAGAGCUACCAAAGGAGAGAUCGUGAGGAGAAACGGAGGCUCGGGGAUGAUUAUAGCGAACGGUGUCUUCGACGGCGAGGGACUAGUCGCUGACUGCCACGUGUUACCUGCCACUUCGGUUGGUGCUUCGGGAGGUGAUGAGAUUAGGAGGUACAUAUCUGAGUCGAAACAACCAACGGCUACGAUUGUUUUCAAAGGGACCCGACUUGGGAUCCGACCCGCACCCGUAGUUGCAUCUUUCUCAGCUCGUGGGCCUAAUCCGGAGUCGCCGGAGAUUCUUAAACCGGAUGUUAUCGCACCCGGUUUAAACAUUUUGGCUGCUUGGCCUGACCGGAUCGGUCCAUCCGGUGUUCCUUCCGAUAACCGGAGAACGGAGUUCAACAUUUUAUCAGGCACUUCGAUGGCGUGCCCGCACGUGUCGGGUCUCGCGGCUCUGCUCAAGGCGGCUCAUCCUGAUUGGAGCCCAGCGGCUAUAAGGUCAGCAUUGAUGACUACGGCUUACACUGUAGAUAACCGAGAUGAGCCAAUGCUGGAUGAGUCAACCGGGAAUACAUCUUCGGUUAUGGAUUACGGGUCGGGUCAUGUUCACCCGACCAAAGCUAUGGAUCCAGGAUUGGUCUACGAUAUUACAUCUUACGAUUACAUCAACUUCUUGUGUAACUCGAACUACACAGGAGCCAACAUUGUGACGAUAACUCGACGCAAAGCUGACUGUGAUGGUGCUAGACGCGCUGGACACGUCGGGAACUUGAACUAUCCGUCGUUCUCUGUUGUGUUUCAGCAGUAUGGAGAGAGUAAAAUGUCGACACAUUUCAUUAGGACAGUGACUAAUGUAGGCGAUUCUGACUCGGUUUAUGAGGUUAAGAUUAGGCCGCCGAGAGGGACGAACGUGACGGUUGCGCCGGAGAAGCUAUCGUUCAGACGGGUUGGGCAGAAACUAAGUUUUGUGGUUAGAGUUAAGACGACGGAGGUGACAUUGUCACCAGGAGCGACAAGUGUUGAGACUGGUCAUAUAGUUUGGUCUGAUGGGAAACGAAAUGUUACAAGUCCUUUGGUGGUUACUCUUCAACAACCUCUGUGAAGGUUUUUUUAGGCUUUUGAGACCUGAAGAAUUCUGGUCUCUUUGUUUUUCUAUAAAUUGUGAAAGUAAGAGAUCAUAUAGCUGGUCUUGUUGUCUAAUGUCUAAGAUCUUUGUCGGACGUUCAUGUAAUAUAUAGUAGAGUGUUCAUUUGAUGAUGUGGGCUUUUAAUUGAGGCUUGUAGAGCUUAAAGCUCUGAGCCCAAAUCUUUCUUGUUCAAGGUGAAAUAUAUUAUGAUUUCAUUAUUCAUUUUA